CACGCAGCGGGUUCCGGCCUCUGUGCCGCUGAGUCUCUAGCGGCGAUGGCGGGCGGGCCGUUUGCGUGGAGCGGGGCGGCUCUGCUCCAGCUCCUUCUUGGCGCGAACCUGCUCGUGGUGCCACCCACCCAGGCGCGGAGUCUGCGCUUCGUCACCUUGCUGUACCGACAUGGAGACCGUUCGCCAGUGAAGACAUACCCCAAGGACCCCUAUCAGGAAGACGAGUGGCCUCAGGGGUUUGGGCAGCUAACCAAGGAAGGGAUGCUACAGCACUGGGAGCUGGGCCAGGCUUUGCGGCAGCGCUACCACGGCUUCCUCAACACUUCCUACCACCGGCAAGAGGUUUACGUGCGAAGCACAGACUUUGACCGUACUCUCAUGAGUGCUGAGGCCAACCUGGCUGGACUCUUCCCUCCCAACGGCAUGCAGCGUUUCAACCCAAAUAUCUCUUGGCAGCCUAUCCCCGUCCACACUGUGCCCAUCACUGAGGAUAGGCUGCUGAAGUUCCCAUUGGGCCCGUGUCCCCGAUAUGAGCAGCUGCAAAACGAGACCCGACAAACACCAGAGUAUCAGAAUGAGAGUGUUCAGAAUGCACAAUUUCUGGAUAUGGUGGCCAAUGAGACAGGGCUUACCGACGUGACACUGGAGACUGUCUGGAAUGUCUAUGACACACUCUUCUGUGAGCAAACACACGGGCUGGUCCUGCCACCCUGGGCCUCACCCCAAACCAUGCAGCGUCUGAGCCGGCUAAAGGACUUCAGCUUCCGCUUCCUCUUCGGGAUCUACGAGCAGGCAGAGAAGGCCCGGCUUCAGGGGGGAGUUCUGCUGGCUCAGAUACGGAAGAACCUGACCCUGAUGGCAACCUCGUCCCAGCUCCCUAAGCUGCUGGUUUACUCUGCGCAUGACACCACCCUGGUCGCUCUGCAAAUGGCACUGGAUGUCUACAAUGGGGAACAAGCCCCCUAUGCCUCCUGCCACAUAUUCGAACUGUACCAGGAAGAUAAUGGGAAUUUCUCAGUGGAGAUGUACUUUCGGAACGAGAGUAACAAGGCUCCCUGGCCACUGAUCCUGCCUGGCUGCCUUCACCGCUGCCCACUGCAGGACUUCCUUCACCUCACAGAGCCUGUUGUGCCCAAGGAUUGGCAGCAGGAGUGCCAGCUGGCAAGUGGUCCUGCAGACACAGAGGUGAUCGUGGCCUUGGCUGUGUGUGGCUCCAUCCUCUUCCUUCUCAUAGUGCUACUCCUCACCGUCCUUUUCCGGAUGCAGGCCCAGCCUCCCGGCUACCGCCAUGUCGCAGAUGGAGAAGAUCAUGCCUGACAACCACUCAGCCCCCUUCCCUCUGCCUCCUAGGGGAGGUGGGCUGGGCCCUUGCUCCUGACUCUUGCUGCUCCCCAGCCCAUGGACAGGAGACCCUGGGUUGGCCUUCCUCGGAUUACCCCAGCCUAGACAAACAAGUGAGACUUGGCUUGGCCCAUGGCACCCGUCACUUAGCAUUCGUGUGCCUCACGUUUACCAAGUACUGUGUUGGACUUUGGCUCUCUCCAGACAAGAUUUGCCUCCACCAUGCUUACUAAGGACCAGAAGUGUAAACAAGCAAGUUUCACUCAGGACCUGGGAUUGACAAACUGAAGGAGUUAGCACUUGAUCUGCCUUGCCCCCACCAAUCAAGCCGUGCUCUCUCUUCUAGCCCGGAGUCUUCAGCAAAUGGUUCAGAGGACACAGUUCUGCACCCCAGUGUUUAUUUUAGUGGAAAGUACUGCACAAUUCUGGGAGUAUAAACACUGGCUGCCAGGGAAUGGGAUCAUGCAGAGGCCCGCUGGCCAAGUUUUCCUUUGUCUCCCUGAAGGCACCAUUAGACAUAAUGCUUCAGGCAUCUUUGUCACCCUGCAGCUGGAGCAGGUCAGAAGGGUGUUUGUCGGGGGAGGGAGGGGCAUGAGUUGCAGUAUAGUUAUGGCACUACCGAUCCCUUUUGGCUACGUCGGGGUCUUUGGGGACCAGAGGUGAAUGCAGGUUGUGAGCUGGACAGCUUGUGACUGUGGCCCAGAAUAGGGCUAAGGCAGCUUCCAGAGAAUGAAAGUUCUAGACUCUG